AUUUUACUCCUGUUGAUCCUCGAUCGCGUCUUAACAUCCACAAAAUGUUUGGGUCUACAGACUUAAUUCGUGUCAAUGAUCUACUCCUGACUGUGCUCCUCUCUUCUGGCUCUCGUUGGCCACCAAAAGGUGCUCGCCCGACGGCGCAACCAGUUCUAAUGUCGCUGGCGAUUCCCCAUGACAUCCGUAAUACUGCUGAGACCGACGACCUGUCUCAAUCUGUCAACUAUUCGACUUUGGCAUCUACUUUACGGCUCACUCUUAACUCAUCGGCUUCUACUCUGGAACCAGUUUUCAGUUCUCUUGAAAGUCUCGCUUUCCGGGCGUUCGAAUUACUUUUAGACGCUAGUUCACCUUCUGCACCGAAACUUGAAGGGGUGUAUCUCAAAGUCGUCCAGAUAAAACCGCCUCUGCACUGCAAGACGGCUGGGAUUGAAAGCCGUGCGGUUACUAACGGUGCACACUGGCACACGUUGAACGUUCGUCAUUUUAUAGAAGACCUUGAGUGUCAUACAAUCGUUGGUGUAAACUCUGUUGAACGGGUUGAGAAACAGCUGGUCCGGAUCAAUGUAUCUGUAGAACAAGGGGCUAGUUUCUCUCUCGAUCGGGACACCAUCGAUUACCGGGAUUUGACGCGAACGGUGUAUAAUAAUGUCGAAAAAACCUCUUACUUGACUUUGGAGGCGCUAGCUUCCCGGAUCGCCCUGGAUGUCCUGAGGGUGCUUUCGUCGGUCGUGGAUAGAAAGGGGACGAAGGUCGUUGUCAAAGCAGCAAAACCCGACGCUUUGGUGUUUGCAGGCUCUUCCGAGGUAGAAGUGGCUCGAACAUUCGAUGAUUAUCCUAAUGAAAUUGAGGGAAAGACGUCAGAUAUACCGGAAGUGAAUGUUAACCUUGAUCAUCAUGUCGUCUCCAUCGCCAUAGGGUCUAAUCUAGGCGAUAGUUUUCAAAAUAUCGAGUUUGCCUUGCGCCUCUUAGAGGCACCUUCCCAGGUUCUAACCGGGGAAGAAACGCCACACGAAAAUGCAUUUGUGAAUGUCGUGGACACCAGUUUUCUUUACGAGAGUGCGCCCAUGUAUGUUACCGAUCAGCCUCCAUUCAUCAAUGGCGCUUGCAUCAUAGAAACUAACCUCCAACCACUGGCCUUAUUGAGAUUAAUUAAAGGUAUCGAAAAACUGGUCGGAAGAGUCCCCUCCGUACGCAACGGACCUCGGGCUAUUGAUCUUGAUCUACUGUUCUUUAAUGCUGCUAUCUACGAUACCAGAGCUCAUGACGAGCGCAAAUCUCUGGAUAAUCUAUGCGGACAUCUGGUGGUUCCGCAUCCAAGAAUCGUGGAAAGGGAAUUCGUUCUUCGACCGUUGAAUGACAUGAUACCGGACUUUAUUCACCCUGUUUUGCAGCGGUCAGUGAGCACUCUACUUCGGGAGCUCACCUUCUCUUCAGUCAGCGCUCCGAUGAAGAGAAUUAUCCCCAUCCCUCGUCUUCUGGAGUUUAACACGACCAUCGGAUGUAACGCCCCGCCUACCUUGACACAUUGGAGCUACCCAGUGCCCGGAACACCGAAUUUAGCUUAUUCGUCAGGGUCCAUAAAUACCUAUCUGAUGGCGAUUCUCAACGUAACGCCAGAUUCAUUUUCAGACGGCUCGCAAAACAACGCGAUCUCAACUGCACUCUCCUACGUACAAAAUGCGUUCGAUUCAGGAUCUGAUAUUAUCGACAUCGGCGGUUAUUCAACACGGCCAGGCGCGGAGUUUGUUAGCGUAGAAGAAGAGAUCAACAGAGUCGUCCCGGUUGUGGAAGCAAUCAGACGGCUCCCGAAGCCUGUUGGUAACGUACCGAUCAGCGUUGACACAUUCCGUCCAGAGGUGGCGCGGGCAGCAAUUAAAGCAGGUGCUAAUUGCAUCAACGAUGUUUAUGCGUUCACUGGGCCAGACUAUCAUUCCUCCAAUCUAAUUGGAGAUGAGACAUCACGGGAAUACAUGCGGGAGAUGAAAAAGAUCGCACGGGAGUAUGCGAUUCCUGUCAUUUUGAUGCACUCUCGGGGUGAUGCAGGGAAAAACAAGAAUUAUGACGAGUACCAGUAUUCCGCUGAUAAACCCGUUCUGGAGGCAAUACGGGUAGAGUUGGGAGCGAAGGUUGAUGCUAUAGUGAAAGGUAAAGGCGGAGUGAGGCGAUGGUUGGUGGUGGUUGAUCCAGGUGUUGGCUUCAGUAAGUCUGUGGAGGAUAAUUUGGAAACGUUGCGACAUGCUUCGAGAGUCACCAUUGAUGCGCGAACCGACGUUGGCGAAAAUCGCAAAAGAAAUCCAUUAGUGGGGUAUCCACAACUCAUUGGACCCUCGAGGAAGUCCUUCCUUGGACACAUACUAUCUACAAAAACGGGUAACUUGCCUGAACCAAAUAAGCGUGUAUGGGCAACCAGCGCUGCUGUCAGCUGUGCGGUCCAGCAACGCGCUCUUGUUGUACGCGUUCAUGAUCCCCGCGAAGCGCGAGAUGUCAUCUCCAUCUCCGACGCGCUCUGGAAGUAGUGCUAUGCAAGACUCAUUAAUCUAUCUCCGGGCCUGCAACGUAUCGUGUAUUUUUGUAAACAUUAUAAUUGUAAACAUAAGAUUAAA